AUGACUCGGCCGGUCCGAAAACGCGGUCGGAAGCCAACGGUGCCGACUGAGAAAAGCAACAGCCAGAAGCAGGCCUACAAUGAGAUCUCUGAUUUCAGGUCUCCGCAAUGCAUUCGUCGUCUGAUAGACAUCUACCGGGAUACAAUGUAUCAGUGUUAUUUUCCAUUCCUUUCCGAGAAUGAUAUGGAAAGACGGUGGGCAGGCAGUAUACCCAGUACCAGGGAGACCGCGUACCUGCUUCUGAUGGCACUAUGUGCGCUGAGUGCCCAGAGCCUCACUCUCAAAGCGGUAUUCGAUAGUACAUUGCUGGGCGACCUCGCCUCCCAUGACGCCAAUAUCUAUUUCGACGAGGCCGUUUCCCAUAUUCCAGCACGCAUUCCGGAUACACCUGAUCUUGACUAUCUAAGGUCCUUCGGUCUCUUGGCAGUGUACUCGCUCAGAAGCGGCAAUAAGAGUGACCUUCAUAGAUAUCUCGGAUUAUGCCAUGCAUGGAUCGCUCAACAUGGGUUCAACAUGGAGAAUAACUGGGACAGUUCGAUCUCUUUACUAGAGGUAGAUGACCGAAGACGUCUCUUUUGGUGCGUCUAUCGGCUUGAGAUUCAUUCAGCCUGCGUACUUGGGCACAUUAUCCGUCUCCCUGAAGCCCAGGUCUCCGUGCUCUACCCUCGUAUCACACCUGCUAUGAGUCGCGAUACGCAGGCCUGGACAGCUGGAUGGGAUUACAUCACCGACCUGUUCCGAUUGAUGGAGUAUGCAAUACUUAAUCUCCGACAGCGAAAACCUCAUAGAGAUGUCAUUGCCGUUUACUGCGACCGGCCGCCCCCAAAGGCAUUGCUCGAGAGUCUGGAUCAACUGAAAGCGAGCAAACCUUUCAUACUCCGCGUCCUUUCACAGUCACCCGAUGACCUUCAGAGCAACCGAUGCAAGUUCAUGAAGGUUCAAAUAACUUGCACUGAGGCUCUGGUAAAUAUUAUGGGUCUGCUUCAUUGCCAGGCCCCUGUUGAUGAGGUGAUCAACGUGGCGGAAGAAUUUCUAAAUGAGAUCACCGAAGCUUCUCUUAUCAUGUUCAAGGUCGCAAGCAGUCAGAUCGUUCAUCAACUACUUGGUGUUGGCCAUAUGGUGUAUAAUGCAUUUCUUUAUGAUGAGAACCAAUCUCAAUUUGCAGUAGGACGGCUCGUUACGUAUCUGGAGGACAUCGUCAAGAACUUGGAACAGGAUAUUCCCACGGCGUCUGAGGCAAGAGAACAAUUGCGAAAGCUGGCAAAAUGUAUUAUAUAA